UGUGGCUACAAAGUGACUACCACAGUGUGUCCUCUAGUAACAGAGAAAAUCGACUCAGAGAUUAUACUGGAGGCAGAGAAGAGGCCGUGUAUAUGGGAUUUAAGGACCGAGGUAUACAAAGAUCGAAAUAAGAAAGAUGCAGCUUGGCGUGAAAUCUGCUCUGUAUUAUUUCGUGGUUUCGCAGAUCAUUCAAGCACAGGGAGAAAAUACAUGGAUGCAUAAAAGCAAAAGUGGAGCCAGUGCACAGGCGGCGUACGCACCACAAGUGUACUGGUUUCAAAUGCUCAAAUUUCUCGACCAAGCAACCGAGGCAGACGAGAGUGUGUGUAAUCUAGAGAGCACGGAAAUUGAGAGUAAACGUGCCACACCGACGUUUGAGGAAAUGUGUGAGCAUGAGAUGCAAGAGCCUGUCGCAUGUAGCGAGGCACAGCCACAGCCCCAGCGUCAAGAGCGGCCUCCCACUAAAAGAAGGAAAGUCACGCCAGACGUGGCAACAAACGUCAUGGAGGAGGCCAGCAGAACACUUAAGGGUAUGGCUGAUGCUGCCAGAACCAUGCCUGUCCAUGAAGACCGCUACAGCACCCUUGGCGCCCACAUCGCAGCAGAACUGCGUGAAAUGGAGAAAGUGGGCGGCAGAGAAUACACCACUGCCACUAUGCACGGUCUGGAGCGGACGUUAAUGGACAGGUGGGAUAAUCUGCAUGCGACAGCCCGUACACAACUGUCGACCUCUGGAUAUAUCCAGGCUGCCUUGCAACAGGCUGGAAUAGAGGAAGAUGAUUCUAUUCUUUAAAUAUGUAUGCAUAUAAUUUUUGUAUCUCUCCAAUCUUCGUAAUCUGUUUUUAUAAUCAGGGUGCCUCACAUUGUAAAGCGUCUCAUCCGCUUCAUACAUCUCUAUUAAUUUUGUGGUAUCACACAUCCAUUGUAAUUUGAUAUGUAACUAAAAUAAAAUAAAUAAAAUAAUAACAAUUUAUC